UAGAAUCUUUUCUAACAUGGACAAUACGGCGAAAGUACAGAAAAAAUCGUCAUUGUCCUUGACUACUCGCUUAAGCAAGAAGCGGCACAGUAGCUCGCCUCAGAAUAUAGCUAAAACAGCUGCCUCAAACAGUGUCGCCGCAAACAAUCGUGAGUCGAGCACAACAAGUGAAGUUCCUCGAUCGCCUUCCGUCAUUUCAAUAUGUUCGGAUGGCGGCAUUGAGUGCUGUACCCCGCCUCAGAAGAGGAAUGGAAUGUUUACCGACGACUGUGGAGAUUAUUCACCAAAGGUGUUCGACAGUAGUUUUUCACCCUCGUGUCUGCUGUCCCAAACCUUGGCCAUUGACAGUCCUGAGGUUGGAUGGAAAUGGAGUCGUUAUUCAGCGGGAUCAAAGGAAGAAAUCGCAACACGAACACCAGAUUCAGCCUAUGCAGCAGACAGUAGUUUCACAUCUGCUGGUUCCAGCAGCACAGAGCUGAUAAAUGCACGCGCUCGUACUGAGACUUAUAAUCAACGCAUGGCCUACGAUGCAUUAAGAGAACAGCACCUGAGAAAAGUUGAAAAGACGCGAGCAGAUCAGAAGCUUAAGUUACGUUGUGCUAAGCUACAGGAACAAUUGAAAGGCGCUGGAACGCAAAAGUCAUGUCCGAGUCCUAAUAAUGGUUUCGAUAAGAGCGAAGCCACAACAUCAUCGUGUACACUAACAGCCACUGAUGCCGAAAUGGCAACCAGUCAAAGUACUUCAUCUACAGUGAAAAUGGUUUCGCCCAUGGAUACCAUGGAGAAGGUUACUCCAAAAUUGAACGAUUUCUUUAAUGACUCCGAUGAAGAUUGUUUCUUGUUGGCUGCCACACAAGAAAUUGAAACGCAAAUGAAUGCACAAAAUCAAACCCAACCGACACAAAACCCAUGCAAAGCGAAAACUACUACUUCCUUAUUAUCGUCCAACGACAAGUCUAAGAGUAAAACGGCAACGCAUUCCUCUUCUUCCAAUACCUUCUUGCCAUCAUCAUCAUCACCGGCCACUUGUGCUGACUCACCAAAACAAGAAAAACGUUCUUCAUUCUAUAUGAAGUUUCUCGAAGAUGAUUGUCCUGAUGAUUGGUUUAUAUCAUUGGAUGACAUUAUCGAACAAGCCACACAAUCGAAAAAACCACGCACUUCAUUCCAACGUUACAAGUCAAUGCCUGCGAACAGCAAUGAUGUGGCAAAUAAUAACCAAAAUACCUCAAAAACAAAAACUACCACCAGUGACACAACGUUAAACGAAAGUUUAUUUAACGAUUCACUACUUGUGGAGGCAAUGGAAGCAGCAACAUCAUCGUCAACAACUCCUUCUUCUUCAUCAACAUCAACAACGUUGCGAUCGAAGAUCAAGCGACAUUCUAGUAGCCAUGUGUUGAGUCCUUCAAAUGCAAAUUAUCGCAGACGACAACAUCAAUAGAUGAAGAAUUCAUAAAAGCUUUCAUCUAUUAAAACAUCACCUUGGAGAUUUGCCAUUUUUCACUUUUGCCACUCAAGAAUAUUUGCUAUCCACCACCCCCAUCUUAAUCUAUGGAAUGUUGUCCACCCCAAUUUCGCCAAAGAUGAUAUUGUGGUGUAUAGCAACCAACGAAAUUUUCAAUGGAAGCCACAUAAUGAGCGAUGUACUUAGAAGUUAAGAUAACUUAUAUCUCCCUUUUCUCGACUUGCUGUGACAGCAAAGUCCUUAAGUAAGUGGUGAUGACUGCUGUUAUAUACAAUUAAUUAUUUUUUGUAAUUCGUUUUGUGUGAUAAUUCCUAUGAAUUGUUUAUCUUUAAGUUAGCUUUAUUUUUAUACAACAAUAAAAACAUCAAUGUUUAUUUUUGUUGUUUAUAAGAAA